GUUGGAAAUUUUCAUUUCAUUGAAACACAUCUGUGCUUAACAAUAUAAAAACAAAGAGAGCGUGUUAUUAAAACAAGUAAAAAACUAAAUACUGCACUAAAUCUUAAUUGAGACAUUGAGAUAUAUUCAAUAAGCCCUUUGUGAAUUAUUAUUAGGUAAGUGCUAGGAAGUUUAUCAGAAGUUAGUUGAGGCUGAGGUGAAACCUUUUUAAAUUUGCCAUACACUUUAAAAGAGACAUUAUUUCGAAUAUACAACUCAAACGCGUCGGUUGUUGCUCCAGAGAAACAAACGAAUUGAAUUUUGGUGUGUUAAGCGAAAAGAGUUAAAUACUCAGAAAAUUAAAGCCAAAGUUAUGAAGCCUUUUACUGCGCUUACUCUGUUUGCGGGCAUUAUCGCCCUGGCCAGCGCUGACAACUACGCCUGUCACUCCAAUGUGACUGUCGGCUGCAGCAACAGUGCCUCAACCCCCGUGGUUUGCCAUUCCCGUUAUGGCGGCAUUGAAAAUGUCGAAUCUACCAUUCAAUCCUACAUCAAUUUGAAUCUGCACAAGUCCUAUCAAUAUCUGUUGUUGUCAUCCUUCUACAACUCAUACCAGAAGAAUCGUCCCGGUUUCAACAAGCUCUACCGUGAUUUGUCGGACCGCUCUUUCGAUGAUGCUAUUGAUUUGAUUAAACAUGUAACACGUCGCGGUGGCCAAGUUGACUUCCGUGCCAUCAGUCAGCACCCCAACUCUAUUGCUCAAAGUAGAUUGAAAUUGGAGGAGGAUGAAUUACACUCAUUGGGCAUUGCUUUGGACAUUGAGAAGACCUUGACCGCUGAUGCUGGCCACGUACACUACCAGUCGACACAUGGACGCCCACAUGACCCACAGACCGCUCACUACAUUGAGGAGAAAUUCUUGCACAAGCAGGCUGAUUCCGUGCGCAAGGUUUCGGGCUUCGUCAACGAUUUGUCGAAGAUCAUGAACCAACCUGAUCCCUCAUUGGGCAUCUACUUAUUCGACCAGUACUUGGAGAAGCAAUAAAUUCUGUUGCAGCAGUGAAGAUUGUGCGCUGACUUACAGAUUAGUUCAGCUGGAGCUGAGAAUAACCAUAUAACUUACGUUCAAGAAUCUAUACGUAUUUCUUUAAUUACAUUACCAACGAAAACAAAACGAUGUAACUAAAUUUGUUUGAAAAAUAUAUAAAUUCCAACUUUUCGCAUUAAAAUCUUCAGCUUUAUGACUGCUAAUUAGGCCACAACCAACCAAGUUCAGCUUAUGGCACAAAGGCGCAUCCAUGAAAUUAUACGUAUUAUUAAAAAUAAGUGCUACAACAUUUUUGAAUUUCUAUUAUUAUUAUUUACUUUACAUGAAGUUGUAACUUUUUCUAGUGGAUUACAUUAAAAAAUAUAAAUGUUGAAUUAACGAAAUAGUAAAAAAAUUAAAAUAUCGGCUCUCAUA